AUGGCCGUCGACCUCAUGGGUUGCGGCUACGCCCCGUAUGGCCACGCGGCCGAGGCCGAGGAGCAGUUCCAGGAGGCCGCUGCCGCGGGGCUCCGCAGCCUCGAGCUCGUCAUCUCCUCCUUCUCCUUCGGCGCCGGCUGCACGCCGCCCCUCGGAGAGAUGGCCGACCAGGCGGUGUCCAGGUUCCGCCGGGUCAUCAACAUCCUCGACCGCACCGGCCACGCCCGCUUCCGCCGCGGCCCUGUUGGAGAUGCCGCCGACUCGUUGACUCCCCCUCCUGAAUCCUCUGCUCCUCCUCCGAUGCCGGCCCAGGCACCGGCACCGGCACCGGCUGUCUCGCCGCAGCUGGCGCCGCAGAAAAGCAUGACGCUGGACUUCACGAAGCCUUUGAAGGCGCCGGCGGCGGCCUCGGCUGCCGCGCCUUCGGUGACGUCGACUUCUUUCUUCUCGUCCGUGACGGCGGGGGGCGAGGGCAGCGUGUCGAAGGGCUGGAGCCAGCUGGUGUCCUCCGGCAAGCCGCCGCUCCCGGCUGGGACCAAACGCAAGCAACGCCAACAGCAGACGCGCUGCGCGCACUCCGACGCCGCCGCCGCGGGUGGCCGGUGCCACUGCUCGAAGAAGCGCAAGAACCGGGCGAAGUACACGACGCGCGUGCCCACAGUAACCUCGGGCGCGGCGGACAUCCCCGGCGUCGGCGACAAGUACUCGUGGCGCAAGUACGGGCAGAAGACCAUCAAGGGGUCCCCUCACCCCCGCUGCUACUAUAGGUGCGGCACCGUCAAGGGGUGCCCGGCACGGAAGCACGUGGAGCGCGCCACCGACGACCCCGCCAUGCUCGUCGUCACCUACGAGGGCGACCACUGCCACGACACUUGGCCGCCGGCCGCCGCAAAUUAA